GGUGGCGGCCCGUCGCGUCGCGCUGCGGAACCGUCGGAGCGACGCCGCGCUCAGUCGGCAGCCCUAGAGGGAAGAUGGACGCAGCUACUCUGACCUACGACACCCUCCGAUUUGCCGAGUUUGAAGACUUCCCCGAGACCUCGGAACCUGUUUGGAUCCUGGGCAGAAAGUACAGCAUCUUCACAGAAAAGGACGAGAUCUUGGCUGAUGUGGCGUCAAGACUGUGGUUUACGUACAGGAAGAACUUCCCGGCCAUUGGCUGGAGGUGGACGCAGUGGGAGAGGCAGCCGGACAGCUACUUCAGUGUCCUGCACGCGUUCAUGGACAGGAAGGACAGCUACUACUCCAUCCACCAGAUAGCGCAAAUGGGAGUCGGCGAGGGCAAGUCUAUCGGCCAGUGGUAUGGGCCCAACACCGUCGCCCAGGUUCUCAAGAAGCUUGCCGCCUUCGACACCUGGAGCGCCUUGGCCGUGCACGUCGCCAUGGACAACACGGUGGUGAUGGAGGAGAUCAGAAGACUGUGCAGGAGCAGCCUUCCUCGCGCGGGGGCUGCAGCCUUUCCCGCAGAUUCCGACCGGCACUGCAACGGCUUUCCUGCCGAGGCCGAGGUCGGCCCCAGGCCGGUGCCGUGGAGACCCCUGGUGCUGCUCAUCCCGCUCCGCUUGGGGCUCACGGACAUCAACGCGGCCUACACAGAGACCCUGAAGCACUGUUUCAUGAUGCCCCAGUCGCUGGGGGUGAUCGGAGGGAAGCCCAACAGCGCCCACUACUUCAUCGGCUACGUCGGUGAGGAGCUCAUCUAUCUGGACCCCCACACCACGCAGCCGGCCGUGCAGGUUACUGACAGCUGCCUGAUCCCGGACGAGAGCUUCCACUGCCAGCACCCGCCCCACAGGAUGAGCAUCGCAGAGCUUGACCCGUCCAUCGCCGUGGGCUUUUUCUGUCAGACUGAGGAAGACUUUAACGACUGGUGCCAGCAGGUCAGAAAGCUAUCCCUGCUCGGAGGUGCCCUGCCCAUGUUUGAACUGGUGGAGCAGCAACCUUCCCACCUGGCCUGCCCAGACGUCCUCAACCUGUCCUUAGAUUCUUCUGAUGUGGAGCGACUGGAAAGAUUCUUUGACUCAGAAGAUGAAGACUUUGAAAUCUUGUCCCUUUGAAAAUGCGGCAGUUUGGGGACAGUCCCACUGGCCCUGCCGGGGCGCCUUCAGAGCCCAGCCCCGCCUCGGGGUGCGGCCACCACAUCCCAUCGGCCUGGACAGAGCCCGCGCUGCUGGAGUCUGACCGGGAGCGGGGCUGUGCACCCACGAGGGGCCGCCGGCAGAGGCUCCAGCGCAGGCCCCGGCCUCUCGCGACACGGCCAGCCCUGCGCCAGCGCGCCUCCGCCCUGCUUCCUCCUGGGCGCCAGCCUGGGUUUGCUUUGGAAUUAAAGUCCUGUUUGAAGUUC